UGUACAUGAUUAAGGAAUCACAAGGCUGUGUCCUGUUGUAGUACUUCAGGAAUAGAAUUGAGAAACUGUGUCAAAGGGUUUACUCACUGUGACUGGAUUUAGAAUCACCAAUAGAUUCUUUAGUUUAAGGUUGUGUUGCAAAUAGUAACCAUAAUGGAUCAAUUGUCAUAAACUAGAUCUAUGAAGGAAUUAUCUGCGAAGUCUUCUACUGAAAAAUUUAUACCAUGAGGGAAUGCAUAUCUGUUCACAUUGGUCAAGCUGGAGUGCAGAUUGGUGGUGCCUGCUGGGAGCUGUAUUGCCUGGAACAUGGCAUACAACUAGAUGGAACCAUUGUAGCUGAUAAAGAUGAUUCAUCUGGAGAAACUUUCUUUACACAGACUGAAUCGGGAAAAUGUAUACCCAGAGCUGUGUUCAUAGACCUGGAACCUUCAGUAAUUGAUGAAAUGAGAAUGGGGAAAAUGCACUCACUAUACCACCCAGACCAGUUCAUAUCUGGCAAGGAAGAUGCAGCUAAUAAUUUUGCCCGUGGCCGUUACUCUAUUGGAAAGCAGGUGAUAGAUAAGGUUAUGGAUCGUAUCCGGAAGCUGGCAAAUCAAUGUGGAGGACUCCAGGGUUUUCUAAUCUUCCAUAGUUUUGGCGGUGGCACAGGGUCUGGGUUUAGCUCCUUGUUGAUGGAAAAAGUAGCGGCAGACUACCAGAAAAAAUCAAUUUUGGAGUUCUGCGUUUAUCCUGCACCAAGAAUGUCAUGUGCAGUAGUAGAACCAUAUAAUUCUAUUCUAGCUGUUCAUAGAACUAUGGACCACUCCAAUUGUUCAUUCAUGAUGGAUAAUGAAGCUAUUUAUGAUAUAUGCCAGCAUAACUUGAAUAUUGAGCGUCCCUUUUAUGUGCACUUAAACAGACUUGUAGGACAGAUAGUGUCUUCUAUCACUGCCUCUCUGAGGUUUGAAGGAGUACUAAAUGUGGACCUUAUUGAAUUCCAGACUAAUCUAGUACCUUAUCCUAGAAUACACUUUCCUGUAGUCACCUAUGCACCAAUUGUAUCUGUAGAAAAAGCUUAUCAUGAGCAAAUGUCUGUUUCGGACAUUACUAGUGCCUGUUUUGAGCCCUGUAACCAAAUGAUGAAAUGUGACCCUCGACGUGGUAAAUACAUGGCUUGCUGCUUGUUAUAUAGAGGUGAUGUGGUGCCCAAAGAUGUCAAUGCUGCAAUAGCUGUAAUUAAAACCAGAAAGUCCAUCCAAUUUGUUGAUUGGUGUCCUACCGGAUUUAAGGUGGGUAUUAACCACCAACCGCCCGCUGUGGUCCCAGAUGGGGACUUAGCCAAAGUUCAACGUGCUGUCUGUAUGCUGAGUAAUACUACAGCUAUAGCAGAAUCCUGGGCCAGGCUGGACCAUAAAUUUGACUUAAUGUAUUCCAAGAGAGCAUUUGUACACUGGUAUGUGGGAGAGGGGAUGGAGGAAGGGGAGUUCACUGAAGCAAGAGAAUAUAUGGCAACCCUAGAAAAGGAUUAUGAAGAGGUGGCUGCAGUAUCUUAUGAUAUUGAAGAAGAGGAGUCCUUUUCGUAAUAUUUAUAAAAGUGUUGUAAAGCUUAAUUGGUGUUCUUGCCAGAAGCCCAUCUAAUGUUGUGAUUUAAAUAUACUUUUGUGAAAAAAUUUCAGUAAUAAAUUAAAUGUACACUAAAAAUCUG